AUGGUGUUUGUUGGUGAUUUUCGACAAGUACUUCCAGUUGUUCCUAAAGGUACAAAAGCUGAAACUAUUGCUACAUCGAUAGUCAAAUCAUCUCUCUGGAGUCACAUUCAAAUACUUCGUUUAAAGCAAAAUAUGCGAUCUAUAAAUGACCCACAGUUUGGUGAAUUUCUUUUACGUGUUGGAGAUGGUGUACAACCUACCAUUGUAGAUGAAAUAAUCAAAGUACCAACAUCGAUGGCAAUACCAUGGAACGGCGAAGAAUCAAUAGUUCGAUUAUUACAAGAAAUUUAUCCUGAUAUCAGAAACCAUUCCUUUGACGCAGGGUAUAUGGUUAGUAGGGGCAUAAUAACUCCUCGCAAUGAAGAUGUCGACAAGCUCAAUAAGAAAAUCAUUCAGAGAUUUCCGAGAGAAUCAAGAGUAUACCACUCAUUUGAUAAAGUUGAAAAUGAUACCCAAAUUUUGUAUCAACAAGAGUUUUUAAAUUCCAUUUCACCAGGAGGAAUGCCCCCACAUGCAUUGCAUUUGAAAGUUGGAGCCCCAAUUAUGCUUUUGAGGAACCUUGACCCUUCUUCUGGUUUGUGCAAUGGCACAAGGCUACUUCUUCGAUGGAAGGUCUCUAUUAAAGUUGAUAAACAACAAUUGGGAAAAUUAAUUGUGCGAGAGCUUUUGAGGCAACAACGACAUCGAAAUCCUAUCAUAUCUGAUAGAGCAAGUAUAUGCAGCAAAGACAAUAUGGGCAUAUAUGUGACAAUAAACUUACAAGGAAGUCAGAUAUUUUUGCCUCAAUUUUAUAUGCAUCGAAUGAUACAAAAAUUGAAAGCUUACAAAGAAAUGUGCAACGUUGUUACAAGAUCUAUGGCAAAAAUUGCAUCAAGACAAUUUGAAGAGAUUGUUGAACGUGACGUGUGA